GAGAAGUUUUUGUGCAGGUGGGUGUUCAAUUUAGAAUAUUUGAAAUAACUAUAGGAUUUAAGUAUCUGUUUAUGGGACCCCAUAUAUCAUCUCCAGCCACUCUUCCUAGUCCCUCAUGUCUUUCUAUAGAAGCAGUGUCCAAGAAAAUGUGCUAUUUCUGAAGGUGGCUGUCUGGGUCACAGAUGAGAGUUGACAGAGUUCAUUUACUUGGUUUCUGAUUCUCUAAAAGGGGGUGUUUGAACUUGGGUUCUAGAAAUCUGCGUAUAAACCUAAUAAUUUUAUACCAUGGUCAACAUACUUUCUUGUAUGUUUUUCUCAGUAUCUUGGUUUCUGUAGGUUGACUCUUCUCCAGCCAGAGGAUUCUUCUUUAGUAGGAAGGAGAGUAUCUCCUGAGCAUCCUGCUUUGUGAUGAGUCUGGCAUUGAUAGCACAUAAGAUCUGCCUGUGAAGUCAGCUGGACGGCUUUCAACAGUGAAAGUGAGGAAGGAGGAAACAGUCCCAUCACAUCAGUGCAAGUUGGUGUGAGGCCUUUCUAAAGACAUACACGUUCCUGAUGGUGUCUCUCCAGUGCUAGCCUUGGACUGGCAGAAGACUGCUUUCAACGGGUCUGCCUUUGGAAAUCAUCAUCUUCCCCUAACCCGAGUGUCUUUCCUCUGUCCCUGCCGUUGAUAGAGGCUGUAUGACCAAAAAGGGAACUUUGUAAUUACUAAACUGACAGUUGUCUUUGACUCUUUCUGCCAAGUUCAUCUCUGACCAAGUUAAACAGUGUGAAGAUAGUAGCCUGGACUGAACAGAGAACUAAGGUUAAGACUGGACAGGUGUCUGUAGCUGUGCUUCAACCAUGACUGGUUCAAAGAAUAAGGCUAGAGCGCAGGCUAAACUAGAAAAAAGGGCAAAUGCACAGGCCAGAGCUGUAGCAGAGAGGGAGGCUGCCAAUGCAAGCAGAGCUGCCAGCAAAAACCGCGACAAAGGAAAAACGAAGGCAGGAACUAGAACAGAUGCAGUGGCGGAGAUGAAGGCGGGGUCUAAGAACAAGGCAGGUACUGAGAUGAAAGAAGGGGCGAGGUCAGACUCUAAGGCUCCAGGAAAAGGCACAUGGGAUUACUACCAUAAGAUUGAGAACAAGGUUGCGAGACCUACGCGUAAAGAUAAGGCUAGUGACGCCUGGUUCUGGGCUGGGGAAGAGUCUGGUAUCAAUUCUUGGUUCUGGAAGGGAGAAGAGGUUAGUAAUAAUUCUGUUGCUAAGUGUGAAAAUAAAACUAAUACUGGUACUCAGGGUCGCACUGAGGAGUCAGAGCCUACACCAAGGGCCAGCCACAAGUCUAGGUCAGGGGCCGAGGAGGAGGAGGAAGAGAACGUUAUUGGGAACUGGUUUUGGGAAGGAGAUGAUGCUGGUUUUGAUCCUGAUCCUACACCUGUGUUCAGAAUAGUUAAACCUCAGCCAGUGGAUGAAAUUAAUGAAAAAAACAGGCCAAAGGACUGGUCUGAGGUUACCAUUUGGCCCAAAGCUCCUGCUGUAACUCCAGCAGUGUUAGGUUAUAGAUCUCAGGACUCAUCUGAGGGAAGGCCCUCUUCGUAUAUCGUGCUGGCCUCAAACGAAGAAGAAACUUCAACAACAGCCUCCACUAAGAAUACGCGAUCAAGCCUACAGCCUAUACCCGAGUAUCCAUUUGGUUCUGAACCUUGCAUCCAGACCUUAGAUGAAAUUAGACAACAAAUCAAGAUCAGAGAAAUGAAUGGCAUCAAGCCCUUUGCUUGUCCUUGCAAAAUGGAGUGCUAUUUGGAUUCUCCAGAAUUUGAAAAGCUUGUUAACAUACUUAAGUCAACUACUGAUCCCCUCAUUCAUAAAAUAGCGCAGAUAGCAAUGGGUAUACAUAAAGUUCAUCCAUUUGCCCAGGAAUUCAUUAAUGAAGUGGGUGUGGUGACACUUAUUGAAAGCUUGCUCAGUUUUUCUUCCCCUGAAGGUAUAAAAAAGACUGUUAUUACUCUGAAUUCUUCUGGGGAUGAAAGACAACACAAAGUUGAAUUUCAUGUUAAGCAUAUGUGUAAAGAAACUGUGUCUUUCCCCUUGAACUCGCCCGGCCAGCAAUCUGGAUUAAAAAUACUAGGGCAGCUAACUACUGAGUCUGUUCAUCACUACAUUGUCGUGAGUUACUUUUCAGAGCUUUUCCAUUUACUGUCCCAGGGAAAUCGUAAGACUAGAAAUCUUGUUUUGAAAGUAUUUUUGAAUAUGUCUGAAAAUCCAAGGGCAGCCAGAGAUAUGAUCAAUAUGAAGGCAUUAGCAGCAUUAAAACUCAUCUUUAACCAAAAAGAGGCAAAAGCAAAUCUUGUUAGUGCUGUGGCCAUCUUUAUUAACAUAAAGGAACAUAUUAGAAAGGGCUCAAUUGUAGUAGUCGAUCACUUGAGUUACAGUACUCUUACUGCCAUAUUCCGUGAAGUUAAAGGGAUUAUUGAAAGAAUGUAAAAUGACCCAGAAAUGGAAGGUAACACUGAACAGUGUCCAAAUUCUGAUUGGCUAUACAUUCCCAAAGAGUUUUGCAUACUAUUUUGGUAAUAACUGUACACACAUUUUGUCUUAACAUCUUUUACAAAUUAUUACCUGUGACAGGGUCUAGCUCAAAUCUAAAACAUUUUUGGUGUAUCAAAUGAAUAUUAAAUCUUGAGAUAAACAAGUUUGUUGAUUUCUAUCUUAUCUAGAUUAGCAGAUUUUUAACAUUUUACUUAAAGAAAUUGUGAUCCAGCUAUCAGAAGUACCGUGUCUUGGUGAUUGUUAUCUGCUUAGAUCUAUUUGUGGCUCCAGAUAGCAAAAAAAGAAACUACUGGUCUUGUAAUCUAGUUACAGAAAUAAGGCGUAUGCAAAUAAAGAUAACUGAUGGUACCUACA